CAGCUAAACAACAUUGCAUGUUUAAUUAUUUGGAGGCGAUAGUCAACUGAGGAUAGCAGUUGGCUAAGCAUUAUCGUACGAUACUAUCAAAUUUUUCUAUACCAUUUCAGAAGAUAAACACAACUCACGCCCACACGAGCGUAUUCACACAUCCACUGCCAAGAUCAAGUACAUACAGUACAUCAAACGUAAACAUUCUUAACUCUUGAUUGGUAGUAACAAAUUAUGGCUGAAGCACACAACGUAUCCUUAGCCUUCCAGGACACGCACUUGCACGGUGUCGAGGAAGAUUUUGAACUUGUGCACAUCCGUCAAGAGAACUUCCAAGUGUCGUACAAUCAUCACGGAGUGGUGCUUUUCAUCCCCAAUCCACGAUCAAUCGGUCGUCGCAUAGCCAAGAAAGUAUAUCAGUUUAGGAACCAUGUGGUUUCUAGUCUGUAUCCACUGCCCAUCCAAUUGGUCUAUGUUGUCAGUAUAGCUUACAUCGGCUUCAUGUUGGAUGCCGACCGAGAGGGCUGGUGGCGCAACAAUGCCAUCGCAGACUUUGUUUGGGCUGUAGACAGCAAAAUGAACCUCUUAUCAAGCCACCUGCCGAUAGCCGUUCGUGUUGCAUACCAGUCAGCCAUUGUGGGCGUGCUUGUAAUAAUGAUUUUCAUGUACAUUCAUCGGCUUCUGCUGAAGGUCCUUCUGAGCUACCAGGGAUGGAUGGACGCUCCCAAAAGUAAGAUGACACUCGCUUGGGGUGCGAUGUUGAAGAUCUUCUAUCUAGGAGGUGGUCGUCAGCCAAACACGUACAGUUUCAACGUAGCCAUGCCUACAAUGCCUAUCCCCUCGGCCAAGGACACUGUAGCACGGUAUCUCAAGAGUGUUGAGGUUUGUCUCUCACCCUCAAAGUAUCAGUACAUCAAGGAGCUAGCGGACGAAUUCUUGGCCUCCAGCGAAUUGACCAAGAUGCAAGGACUUCUGCACGUCAAGAAGCUGAUGACUAGCAACUACGUAUCUGAUUGGUGGCUGAAGUACGUGUACCUGCGUGGACGCUCUUCUCUUCUGAUCAACUCCAACUACUACGGACUGGGUUUCGCGUCCCAUUUGCCCAGUAAGAAACAGACUUCUCGCGCCGGUUUCCUCACACACGAGUUGAUCGUGCUCAAGACCAUGCUAGACCGAGAACAGUUGGAGCCCCUGCUAAUCCAGAAGCUAGUGCCCUUGUGUAUGAACCAGUAUCAGUUUAUGUUCAGUGCGACACGAGUGCCCCACAGAGAGGCAGAUGAAAUCCGACAAUACGACUCGGGUGAAAGCAGGCACGUGGUGGUGAACUACAAGGGCCUGAUGUACAAAAUGGAGGUGUUCGACAAACAGACCGGCGAGGUGUCGACCCCGCAUCAUCUGGAACGCAGUCUUGAGUACAUCGUCCAGCACGCCGACCACCGUCUGGCCAGUGAGAACUUCAGCGAAGCCGAUCUGUCUAUUCCAGCGCUAACAGGUGCCAACCGAACGGUGUGGGCCGAGGCAAGGGACAAGCACUUCUCAGCCGGUGUGAAUCGAGCAUCUCUUAAUCUGGUGGAGAAUAGUAUCUUCACGCUUUGUCUAGACGAUCACGAGCCUCAGACCUGGACAGAGCAGGGCAAGAACCUGCUGCACGGCGACGGCACCGGACUGUGGGCCGAUAAGUCGUUUAAUCUGGUGGUGUUUAGGAACGGUAUUGCUGGUAUCAAUGGCGAGCACUCAUGGGGAGAUGCCCCUGUGGCCGCUCAUAUGUGGGAAACGGUCUCUGGGCGAGAGAUCAAAUCAGACCCUUAUGAUCGCAAAACUGGAUGUUUGAAGCCAUCCACAGCCGAGGAAGACAAGGAUCUGGUGAGCACAGACAGCCUGGCAACACUCUUGACCAAGAAUCUGGACGCGGAAGCCAAAAAAGGAUCUGUUGUAAGUGGAAAGGCACGGGUGCCAACGGCCGUGAACUUCCGCAUGAACCCUGACCUGGAGAAGACUAUUCUAGAGUGCAAAGCCGAAAUCAUCGCCGCGGGAGAGGAUCUGGAACUCAACGUGUUCAGCUUUGACAAGUUUGGUAAAGAUCGCAUCAAGAAGGUGAAGUGCUCGCCCGACGGUUUCAUCCAGAUGGCGUUUCAACUGGCGUACUACCGCGAAGCUAAGAUUCACCCACUUACCUACGAGUCCUCUAUGACCCGCAUGUUCAAGGACGGUCGCACGGAAACCAUCCGAUCGUGCACCUCCAAGGCCGCAGCGUUUGUCAAGGCUUGUGAGGACCCGAAGGUAAGCAAGGCGGAGACGCUGGAGUUACUGCGAGACGCGUGCAGGAACCACAGCGAGAUCAGUAAGGAGGCCAUGAAGGGCGAGGGUGUGGACAGACACUUGUUUGCGCUGUAUGUGGUGGCCAUGGGAUUGGGUGCGGAGUCUAAGUUCUUGUCUGAGGCUCUGAAUAUGAAAUGGAAGCUAUCCACCAGCCAACUGCCGCAACGACAGGGUGAUCCGGCGGAUUGGGGAGGCAAACAUGUACAGCAGGACGACAAGUACUUCUCUCCCAGCGGUGGCUUUGGCCCAGUCGAUGACAGUGGCUACGGAGUGUCGUAUAAUAUCGCAGGUGAGAAGACGAUUUUCUUCCAUGUGGCGAGUAAGAAAUCUUGCCCAGAAACAGAUUCAGUCAAGUUUAGUGAGAAUAUCCAAAAGGCAUUGCAGGACAUGGCCGAUCUUCUCGAGGACUAGUAUAAAUAAAUCAGUGUUACUAGAUAAAUAAAUAUAGCCAC